AUGACUUCUCAACUUUCCUCGCUAUCUACGCUGCUGCUCCUAGGAUCCUUCCUAGCACCAGUUAGCUCGACCGAGAUUCCUGCCAAGGCGCAGCUGAUCGACCAAAGAAUCUUCAACGUUCUAAACUCGACUCAGCCCGCAGCCGAAUUCAAUGCGAAGACUCUGUUUGUUCCUCCCGGAUCGACAGGUGAAAGUCUAGCCCAGCAGCCAUUCCACGUGUACGACGAGGAAUUUCUGAAGAUCAUCGGAGAAGCUCCAACCCUGACCCGGAUCGCGCACUCCCCAAAGGACCCCUUGUUCCAUGAGGCGGUUGUAUGGUCUAAGGAAACAGACGAAGUGUUUUUUGUCCAAAAUGCAGGCUCUAAGAUCGCCGGCACUGGUCUCAACAAGUCGGCUAUCGUUGAGAAGAUUUCUCUUGAGGAAGCUGCUGCUGUCUCCCACAAGUCGGAUGCCGUGGGUCUUGUUAAUGUAACCACCGUUCCUUCAUCGCCGAUGGUUCUCAACCCCAAUGGGGGUACCAAUUACCGGGGACUGAUCAUGUUCGCCGGUGAGGGUCAAGGUGAUAGUGAACCACCUGCUCUGUGGGCUAUGAACCCGAAGAGUCCAUUCAAUACUUCAGUUGUCCUUAACAACUACUUCGGUCGCCAAUUCAACUCUCUGAACGAUGUUGCCGUCCACCCAACAAGCAAGGAUGUCUACUUCACAGACACCAUCUAUGGCUAUGCACAGGACUUCCGCCCUGCUCCCGGUCUUCCGGAACAAGUUUACCGGUUCAACCCCGAGACAGGUGCUGUGACAGUUGUCGCUGAUGGAUUUGACCAUCCCAACGGCUUCACUUUCUCUCCGGAUGGCAAGUACGCAUAUGUCACCGAUACCGGACUCGACAGCGGCAAAUUCGGUCUCAACUUCACCCGCCCUGCCUCUAUCUACCGAUUUGAUGUGAACGAAGAUGGCACACUCGAAAACCGCAAGGUCUUUGCCUUUGCUCACUCUGGUGGACCUGAUGGCAUCCACUGUGAUUCAUGGGGUAACGUAUAUGCUGGCUGUGGCGACGGUGUCCAUGUCUGGAACCCAUCUGGCAAGCUCAUCGGCAAGAUCUACAUUGGAUCCACUACAGCGAAUUUCAACUUCGCUGGAGAGGGCAGAAUGGUUAUUUGCGCUGAGACCGACCUUUACUACGCCACAGUAGCCGCGGCCGGGAGCUAUAUUGACAGCGAGAUGUGA